AUCUAUGAAACUUGUAGGCAGAAACACUCACAGACCUUAAUUUCGUGAAUGAAAAGUUCUCUCAAUGGCAAUAAAUACAGAAAAGAAAAUAAAGCUUAAGAGAGAACUUGGGUAUUUCUGGGGAACAAAUUUUUUAAUUAUUAAUAUAAUCGGUGCAGGAAUUUUUGUGGCCCCUAAAGGAGUGCUGGAGUACUCUUCCAUGAAUGUGGGAUUCUCUUUGUGUGUUUGGGCUGUCUGUUCAGUGCUAUCUCUGACCAGUACUCUCUGCUUUGCAGAGGUAGGGAUAACCUUCCCAUGCACUGGAGCUCACUACUAUUUUAUCAAGAGAUGCUUUGGCCCCUUCCCUGCAUUCCUGAGACUCUGGAGCGCCUUGUUUCUGAUGCCAGGAGUAAUUGCUAGCCAAGCUCUGCUACUUGCUGAGUAUGGCAUCCAGCCUUUCUAUCCCAGCUGCUCUACCCCAAAUCUACCCAAAAAAUGUCUGGCCUUAGCUGUGCUGUGGAUUGUGGGAAUUCUGAAUUCUCGAGGUGUGAAAGAACUCUCCUGGCUUCAGACAGUGAGCACAAUGCUGAAAAUAGGUAUACUCAGCUUAAUUUCCUUUAGCGGGCUGUUCAUGCUCCUGAGAGGGAAGAAGGAGAAUGUGGGAAGGCUUCAGAACGCGUUCGGCACUGAGACUCCAGAGGUCUCCCGGCUAAUAGAAGCUGUCUUCCAAGGAUACUUCGCGUUUUCUGGUGGGGGAUGCUUUACGUUUGUAGCAGGGGAGCUAAAGAAGCCCAGUAAAACAAUUCCUAGAUGCAUAUUUACGGCAAUGCCUCUUGUGACCGUGUUGUAUUUACUUGCUAAUAUUUCCUACCUGACGGUCCUGACCCCCAGGGAAAUCCUCUCUUCAGAUGCUGUGGCUCUUACAUGGACUGACAGAGUCAUCCCGCAGUUAACAUGGACCAUCCCUUUUGCUAUUUCUGUCUCAUUGUUCAGUAAUCUUGUGGUUAAUGUACUGGAGUCAGCAAGAAUAAUGUACAUUGCGAGCCAGCACAGCCAGCUGCCAUUGGUGUUUGGUACCCUUAAUGUUCACUCCUCCCCCUUCUCAGCUAUGCUACUCAUUGUCAUCAUAGCAUCCAUUGCAAUUGUCUUGACAAAUCUACUUGAGUUGAUAAACUACCUCUAUUUUGUUGUUUCCAUUUGGACUUCCUUAACAAUAAUAGGAAUCCUGAAACUGAGGUACCAGGAGCCCAGUCUACACAGACCAUAUAAGGUGUUUUUACCGUUCAUAUUCAUAGCACUGACCAUCACCCUGUGCUUGGUUUUGAUUCCCCUUGUCAAGUCUCCCAAGAUGCAUUAUAUCUAUGUGUUCCUCUUCCUUCUCAGUGGAGUGUUCUUUUAUGUGCCAUUUAUAUACUUUAAGUUGAAGCUGGUUUGGUUUCAGAAGCUGACUUGUUAUCUGCAGUUACUCUUUAAUAUUUGCACCCCUGAUGUGUCUGAUGAGCACUUACCAGAAGUAGAAAAUUGAAAAAGAGUAGCCUUUUAUAACCACACCAUGUUCCAGAUGAAGGCUAAGUGUAGGCUAGACUAGUAAUGAUGGCAACUCUUGAAAUGAAAAUGGUGUAUAGAAAAAUACCCAGGAAGUUCCUGGUUUUAAAAUGGCGAAGAAAGUGACCGGAGAGAUUGUUGUUAAGGGCAGCCAUUGCUCUUGCAGAAGACUGGAGUUCAAUUCCCAAACCCCACACAGAAGCUCACAACUAUCUGUAACUCCAGACAUGGAGGACCAAAUAUCCUCUUUUGGAUUCUGCAGGCACUGCACGCAUAUGGUAUGCAGAUAUACAUGUAGGCAAACACCCAUAGACAUUUACAAAAGAAAAAAAUAAGUGUUACUAAACUCUGUUUUAAUAAAAAUAAAGUUCCUAGUUUGUAUAGUUGCAUGUAUCAA